GACACCCGAUGCGAUGACGGCAACAUCAACCAACAUCUACCCCAGUUGAGAACAGCAACCUGUGACAGUGGCGCUGGAAUCGCGCUAUCAGAAGUCACAACCUUGGACUAUAGAAGUCCCAAAGUCGGCUCCGCGCAGCCACUGCGACCUUCGAAACGACUCAUGAAUCGGAGCCAUUAUACGUUCGUGGCAGUGUGGAAUACUUUCUUCUUGACUUCUUCUCACAAUCUGCUCCCGCGAAUUGCUUAUCAGCAUGUUUCUAAGUUCCUAUGUAAUUUCAGUCCGUCAGGAGCGGAGCGCUACGUCCUGUGUGACUUCAUGGCUGCGCAUCCGAUUGAUCUCAUCGUAUGAAAGAAAGAGACCGCUAGACAAAGUUACCGGACAGAGGAGCGACCCAAGGGUAUCUUGCACAGUCCAUCGAGUACGCACUGAAUCGAACUUGACCAUCACUUCGAGAAGGAGAAUAAGAAAUGGUCGGAAGUAGACAUAGCUUCCGUUGUGAUUAGAACGCCG